AUGGCUUAUUCUAGUAAUUUGCUUUUCCUUUCCUUUUUCGUCCUCACAAUCUCACAAACUCAAGCCAAAACCUUUCAACCCAAGGCCCUUCUCCUUCCUGUGACUAAGGACUCCUCAUUACUACAAUACACCACCCAAAUCAAGCAAAGAACCCCUCUUGUGCCCAUUAAGCUGACCAUUGAUGUCGGAGGCAACUUCAUGUGGGAGGAGUGCGAGAAGGGUUAUGUCUCUUCUUCUUAUAGGCCUGUCUCAUGCGGUUCCAAAAUCUGUAAGAUCUCACGAUCUGGGGCUUGUGUAGUUAAAUGCCCCCCUCCGCAUGUACCGGGAUGCCACAACGACUCUUGCAGCCAUCUCUCUUACAACCCGUUCACCCGCCUCUCCAACCUUGGUGAGUUGGCGACUGAUGCCGUGUCGAUUCAAUCGACCGAUGGGAGGAGCUCCGGGCCCAUGGUUUUAGUUCCAGGGCUGCUCUUCUCUUGCACCCCAAGUACUCCUUCGCUUCUCAGAGGCCUCUUUAGUGGGGCUAAGGGGAUUGCCGGGCUUGGAAGAUCGCUAGUUUCCCUCCCUUCGCUGUUUGCUUCGGCUUUCAAAUUCCAACGGAUCUUUGCCAUGUGCUUGAGCUCAUCCUCGCAAUCAGGUGGAGUCAUCAUCUUCGGCGACGUACCAUAUGAAUUCCAACUCAAGAAAGAGGUCUCUAAGUCCCUCAUGUACACUCCCCUAAUACACAACCCAAAGAGCACAAGAAGAUUUUACUCCAAGGAUGACCCUUCGACGGACUACUUCAUCUGUCUCACCUCCAUCAAGAUUAACAGCCGAGAGGUUCCACUAAACAUGUCGCUAUUGAACAUCGACAAAGAAGGCAAGGGGGGUACGAAGAUCAGCACCUUUGAUCCGUACACCGUGAUGGAGAGGUCAAUCUUCACGGCAGUCCUCAAAGUAUUCAUGGAAAAAACUGAGGGCAUGACUCGGGUUCCUAGUGUUAAGCCGUUCCAGUACUGCAUAAGCUCCAAGAACCUCGGGAGUACAAGAGUCGGGCCGCCUGUGCCCACCAUUGAUCUGGGGUUGCAUUAUAAGAGUGUGUCUUGGAAGAUCUAUGGAGCGAAUUCGAUGGUGCAAGUGAAGGAUGACGUCUUGUGCUUGGGGUUUGUCGACGGCGGCUUGAACCCGAGAACUUCUGUGGUUGUCGGAGGGCAUCAAUUGGAGGACAAUCUCUUGCAAUUCGAUCUCGUGAAACGGAGGCUGGGGUUCACCUCCUCGCUCUUGUUCAUGCAAACCAACUGUGCCAACUUCAACUUUACUUCUUCUGUUUAA